AUGUCCAACAAUCCAGAAGAUAUGACCUUGACCUCCCCCAAGCCCUCAGCCCUGGACUUCCCAACACACAACUCCCCACACCACCAUCACCACCACCGCCACCACCUCUCAAACAGCGCACAGCAACAGCAGCAGCAGCAGCAUAACCUGGCUGUCGCCGCUAGCGCAGCCGCCGCCAGCUACGCUGCAGAUAACCACUUAGCAGGCCUUGUGGAAGCCGCUACGGCCGCGGCGGGACAGGAUGUCGACUGGGCGCAGAACGACGAGGGAGAUGCCAGCGUGAUGGCCCAUGGGCGCACGCUGCACGGCCAUCUCGAGGGAUAUCCUUCGCCCAAUCCUGUGUCUGGCGCCUCGGGGGAAGCGGGUGGUGGUGGGGACGGCCUGCAUUUAGGUGAUGGGUUUGUGGGUGAUCCGACGACGGGGGGUGGGCAGGGGCAAUAUGGUGGGAUGCCUUCGGGCGCGGGGUCGGGGUCGGGGUCGGUAGAUGGGAGUAGUGGUGUGCCGACAGCCACUACUACUACGGCGGCGGCAGCGGCGGCGAGGAGACAGCUACGCCAUGUGAAUGUAGCAAGGGGUCCAACGAACCUGCCGAGGAAGAGGAAGCGGGCAUCGACUAUUGCCAAUGUCGACCCGGCGAUGACGGAUGACGUCCCGCAGGAAGGCCACGUUAUCGGACGCACGCGCGGCAGGGGUCCACUCCGCCGCCGCGCUUUUCCGCCAACCCUCGGCCACCAGCAAGAAAUACACGCGCCCGCCGAUGUCGAAGAUGUUCUCGUCGCUGGGCUUGUCGCCGGAGAACUUCUUGUACUUGCAGGCUGCGGCAAAGGCGUAUAUGCUUGA